AUGGGAUUUACCACCGGACGCAUUACAAGACAGCACAUUACUUGUGCCACUGGUGGUGCCGGGGGAAAGGCGACUCAACCAUCUAUCACUGAAGCUGACAUCGAGUCUUACACCCAUGCCCCUUUCAGUCAUUGCAGACCAUUUACAGAAUCAGAACACGCUGGGUCCAAUGCCUGGUUAGCAAUUGAAGCCGUCCCUGAAAAGCUGAACCUUAAGACCGAAAUACUUGGCGAAUUGGAUGCGAUAGCGCCGGCCGACUAUAUCUGGGAUCCAAUAUCCAGCCACAUGAUAUGGAAAGUCCUUUUCGAGCGCCGGAAGCAUACACUUACUACUAACUUGGCUCUCUUUCCUGCAAUUUGUACCGUGGAGCUGAUGUCCAGUGGCGAGACCGACCGGGAGAUAUUUCUAUAUCUGGAGGAUAUACUUGGUAAAGUGGCCCACUGCGAGUCAGCGGGGCAUGUGUCUUAUAUUCAUUAA